AUGCGAAUACGCCCGGACAUCUCCAAGCAAACAAUUGCCGAAAGCAAAGAAGUAGCCCUAUCGCUGAGCGGCUGCGGCUUCCUCGGCACCUACCACAUCGGAGCCGCCGUAUGCCUGUAUCGUCACGGGAAGCUGCUCAUGCAGAAGGUCACCAGAAUCGGCGGGGCCUCGGCAGGCUCUCUGGUAGCCUCCCUGCUUGUGCUGAAACCCGACAAAUUGCCAGCCGCCCUCGCCACUUUCUACAAAAUGGCCACGGAGCUGCACUCGCUGCCGUUCGGGGCGCUGACGCCAAAAUAUACACUGCAAGAUCGGCUCCUCGAAGUGGUUGAUGCCCAUCUCCCGGAAGACAUUUCCCCGGCGCAGGGCCGGCUGAUGGUCUCACUGACGAAUUACCAGAGCAGAGAAAACGAGUUAGUUUCUCAAUUUCGGGAUCGAAAACACCUGAUCGAGACGCUGCUUGCAUCAUGCUACAUCCCGGUGUACAGCCGCGGCCUGUAUGCUCCGAGGCCCAGCAUUGACGGCAUCGAAUUUUUCGACGGGUUCUAUUCGAAUAAUCUACCCGAUUGGCCGGAUAUCAAGACGAUAACGAUCUCGCCUUUUUCUGGGAAUGCCGACAUCGCGCCGAACGAUCCGCAGCCCUGGAGGGCGCCGUGGACGGUUGACUUCGGCAAGCACAGCAUUGCGGCGAAUUUCAGAAAUUUGAUACGCGGAAAACACGCGUUAUUCCCGCCUUCUUUGGAACAACUAAGGCACUAUUAUCGACAAGGGUACACCGAUGCUUACAACUUUUUACGGGCUAACAAAUUGACGGAUGACCAGCUGACAGAAGAACUGCUCGCCGAUGGUUAUUCGCCAGAAGAAAUUGAUGAUCUCAAGAAA